UGUGUGUGUGUGUGUGUGUAUGCGCGUGUGUGGCACCAGAUAUUUGGGAUAUGUUUUCAUUGUCUGUCAGAGCCUCAUUUGGUUCCCUUUCCCUCACAAUACUAAUGUGUUUUUUUUUGUUUUUGUUUUUAUUUGGGGAGGGGAUUUCCAGUUUAAGUAAGAUAGGUUUCCUGGCUUAUGAAGAAGCCAUUCUGUUUGGGGCAAGAAGUACUUGUUUGAGGGCUGUGAUGAACCAGGAUAUCUUUCUCUUGCUUUACUCUUUGAGAUUCCUACCUCUGUGGUCAUGAAGGGCCUAAAACAUGACUUGACUCUCGGUACUAAGUCUUGUCAGGAAGCCUUUUUUUCUGCCUCUAAUCUAGUGAUUCCUGGGGUUCAACAUACCUUAUUUUUAAUGUGUUUCUCUAACAUUUACAUGUUUUAUUUUGUUGUUAAAUAAUUUCUGGAAUAAGCUUCCUCUGGAUUCUUCCCACUUAAUAUCUAAACCUUCUCUCUCCCCUCCCUCUUACUAAUAGUCUUUCUCUCCUUCCUUCUAUCUGGUCCUCUCUUCUGUCCUCCUCACUGUGAGCAGCCCCACACACACACACACACACUGCCUGAGUAUUUUUUAUCUUUUCUUGUGUUGAUCAAUAUGGUGCAUUUUUCUAGCAGCUUUCCCUGAAAGUGAGGGUCUGUAUUUCUGGAAGGGACUAUUUGCCCAUUAUUUCUCAUAUUUUCAUGGCUUUAGAUGGCCAUAGUACUGUUAGGUCGCUUAGUGACUUUAGGAAUUUGUAUUUAUGGUCACCUGCAGCUCUGAACCUGAGAGGAAUUCAGUGUUAUGUGUUGUAAGACUUGCUUGCUCAGAUCCCACCGGGGAGGGUGCUCUUCUGUUGGGGAUAGACAUUUAUCAGUGACUUGGGAGAUCCUGCAACAACGUGGCUUGUCAGAAUCUGCCCUCAUUUCCCACCACUUCCUCUGCUGGCACUGCCCUGUGCCAUACCUGCUGCUCUUGUAGUUAGUUGAAUCACACCUGCUAUAUGCUCUGACCCUGUCACUUAGUUUUUGUUUUUGUUUAUAUAGAUAUCAUGGUUUUGUCUUUUACUGUUCUGGUAGGUCUCUUUUGUUUUCAUCAGGAGUUUUGGGGAGAUUAAAAAACAAUCCUGCAACUCUUACCUCAUCCUGCUCUUCUCAGUAUUUUAACAACAACAAGAAAGACUCAGAGAGGUGAAGUGAAUUGUUCACAGACAUCUAAAUGGCAAGAGGAGAAGAAAUGCUGUUUCAUUCAGACUGAUGUAUACCUACUUAAAACUAUGAGUUGUUAACUCCUUAGCAUUUAGCAUCAGGUUCUCAUUUAAGUAGCUGCCCAGAAAUUGCUUUAAAAUAGAAUGAAUCUCAGGUAUGGUCAUUGCACUUUCAGGGGUCCAGGGGGCCCAUGCAAAAUCUGUGGAUGGAACUGUCAUCAUUGUGCAAGGUUCCUUACGGACAUUUCUUCUCACAGCAGCAGCCCUGAGCACACUUUACAGAACACCCAGCCCAGCCUCCAUUUAAGUGUGAUUCACCAGCCUAAGAGGUUGAGGCCCAGAGGAAACAUGCUCACUAAAGUGAGUUGGCUCUUGAGUUCACAGGUCCCACCUCUCCAGGAAGAAGACAGCUCAUGUGAUAGGAUAAGAAAGUUCCAAGUUCAGGAAUCCAUCCUUGGCCAAGGGACCCCUGACCAUAGACCUCUCCCUGGAACGUCCCAGCAGAGUCACUGGACAGAGCAAAUCCUAGAGUGGCUGUUUAUUUCCCAGGAGCAGCUGAAAAGCACCAAGUCCAGGGGACCAUUGUCAUUCAUGGAUGUGUUUGUGGAUUUUACCCUGGAGGAGUGGCGGCUGCUGGACCCAGCUCAGAAGCACCUGUACAGGAGUGUGAUGCUGGAGAACUACAGCAACCUGGUGUCCCUGGGGUAUCAACACACCAAACCCAAUAUUAUCUUCAAGUUGGAACGAGGAGAAGAGCUGUGGAUGGUGCAUGCUCAAAUCCCAAGUCAGGGCCAUCCAGAUAAAGUCUGGGAAAUUGAUGAUCACAUCAAAUGGCAUGCAGAAAACCAAGGCAAUCUGGGAAGUAUAGCAAAAAGCUGUGAAUGCAUUGCAUUUGGAAAACUAUGUUUUCUUGGUACAAAUUAUGUUUCCUCAAAGCAGAAACCUCAUACAUGUGGCAUACAUGGAAAGAGUUUGAAAUAUGAUACAGAUUUUACUAGUAAUUAUGCUGGAAAGAAUCCUAAUACAUUUCAUGUACAUCGGGAAUCAUUCCUCCAUUCCAAACAUGAGCAAACUGUUAUUGGAAUAAAAUACUGUGAAAGUAAUGAAUCUGAAAAAGCUGUCAAUAAGAAGUCACAACUUACGUGCCAAAAAACAUAUAUGGGAGAAAAACCUUUUGAAUGUAGCUACUGUGAGAAAGCCUUCAACAGUGAGUCAUAUCUUACAGUGCAUCAGCAAACUCAUGCAGAAAAGAAACCCUAUCGAUGCAAUGAAUGUGGGAAAGACUUCAGCAGUAAAUCUUACCUCAUGGUACAUCAGAGAAUUCAUACAGGAGAGAAACUUCAUGAAUGCAGUGAAUGUGGGAAAACAUUCAGUUUCAAUUCACAACUCGUUAUACAUCAGAGAAUUCACACAGGUAAAAAUCCCUAUCAGUGCUGUGAAUGUGGGAAAUUCUUCAGUAGGAAAGACCAGCUUGUUUCACACCGGAGAAUUCAUUCAGGACAUAAACCCUAUGGUUGUAAUGAAUGUGGCAAAACUUUUGGUUUGAAAUCGCAGCUCAUUAUACAUGAAAGAAUUCAUACAGGAGAGAAACCAUAUGAAUGCAGUGAAUGUCAGAAAGCCUUUAAUACAAAGUCAAACCUUAUGGUACACCAGAGAACCCAUACGGGGGAAAAACCCUAUGGUUGCAGUGAAUGUGGCAAAGCAUUCACGUUCAAAUCACAACUUAUUGUACAUCAGGGCACUCACACAGGAGUAAAGCCCUAUGGGUGCAUUCAGUGUGGGAAGGCAUUCAGUUUGAAUUCACAGCUCAUUGUACAUCAGAGAAGUCACACAGGAAUGAAACCUUAUGUAUGCAACGAAUGUGACAAAGCCUUCCGAAGCAAGUCAUACCUCAUUAUACAUAUGAGGACACACACCGGAGAGAAACUCCAUGAAUGCAAUGAUUGUGGGAAAGCCUUCAGUUUUAAAUCACAACUGAUUAUACAUCAGAGGAUUCACACAGGAGAGAGCCCAUAUAAAUGCCAUGAAUGUGGGAAAACUUUCAGUCGGAAAUAUCAGCUCAUUUCACACCAGAGAACUCAUGCAGGAGAGAAGCCCUAUGAGUGCAGUGACUGUGGAAAAGGUUUUGGUUUAAAGUCACAGCUUAUUACACACCAGAGAACUCAUACAGGAGAGAAACCCUUUGAAUGUAGUGACUGUCAGAAAGCCUUUAAUACAAAAUCAAACCUUAUUGUACAUCAGCGAACUCAUACAGGAGAGAAACCAUAUGGUUGUAGUGAAUGUGGAAAAGCCUUUACAUUCAAGUCACAGCUCAUUGUACAUCAGGGCGUUCACACUGGAGUAAAACCUUAUGGAUGCAAUCAGUGUGAAAAAGCCUUUAGUUUGAAGUCACAGCUGAUUGUCCACCAGAGAAGUCAUACAGGAGUAAAACCAUAUGGGUGCAGUGAGUGUGGGAAGGCCUUCAGGAGCAAAUCAUACCUUAUUAUACAUAUAAGAACUCAUACAGGAGAGAAACCACAUGAAUGCAGUGAAUGUGGAAAAUCCUUUAGUUUCAAUUCACAACUCAUUGUACAUCAGAGAAUUCACACAGGUGAAAAUCCCUAUGAGUGCAGUGAGUGUGGGAAAGCUUUUAACAGGAAAGACCAGCUUAUUUCACAUCAGCGAACUCAUGCUGGGGAAAAGCCUUACAGGUGCAGUGAAUGUGGGAAAGCCUUUAGCAGCAAGUCAUACCUCAUAAUACACAUGAGAACCCAUUCAGGAGAAAAACCAUAUGAAUGUAAUGAAUGUGGGAAAACCUUCAUUUGGAAGUCACUACUCAUUGUACAUGAGCGAACUCAUGCAGGGGAAAAUCUUUAUAAAUGUGGUCAGUGUGAGAAAUCCUUCAGUGGGAAAUUACGGCUCGUUGUACACCAGAGAAUGCAUACAAGGGACAAACCCUAUGAAUGCAGUGAAUGUGGAAAAGCCUUCAUUAGGAAAUCUCAGCUCAUUGUACACCAGAGAACUCAUUCAGGAGAGAAACCCUAUGGAUGUAAUGAAUGUGGAAAAACCUUCUCUCAGAAAUCAAUUCUCAGUGCACAUCAGAGGACACAUACAGGAGAGAAACCUUGUAAAUGUCCAGAUUGUGGGAAAGCCUUUUGUUGGAAGUCACAGCUCAUUAUGCAUCAGAGAACUCAUGUAGAUGAUGAGCAUGUUGAGUUAAAUGUGUGAAACUUUUCUCUCAAAAGUCAAUUCUCAGAAGUUACCAACAAAAUCAUAUGGAAGAGAAACUCUGUCAAUGGAAAUGUCUUAUCCUCUAGAAAACUCAUACCAAACAGAAACAUUGUGAAUACACAGCAAAGGUAAAGGCAUCCAGAGAAAGCUGUUCUUUACAUGCAAAAAGAUACAAAAUGUACAUGGGAAUCCUGUGAAUUUAGCAAACCCUUUGAAAAAUUUUAGCAGCAACUCAUACACUUUUAAACAGUUUAUACAGGUGAAGAACUAUAGAAAUGAAAUAGAUGUUGGAAAGUCAUUAAUAUAUGGUAACAUUCACAAAGAGGAAACUUCAUGGAACAAAUGGAAAUAGAAUAGACUCCUUUAAAAUUCAUAGUUUGUUAAACAGCAUUUUAAAGAGAAAAAUUACAGAACCAGCGAAUGGCAGAAUUAUCAAAACUACAGACAUUUUAGGUAUCAGAAGUUCAUAUCUCUUAGGAAUCAUGCUAUAAGGGAAGUUUUCAUCUAAAAAUGACAAACCCUAGCAGAGAAAUAGUAAUGUAGGAAGGAAGAUCUAUUAUGUGUCAAGUAUGGUUAAGCCUCAGCAGGAAUAUUUAUCUCAUUAUAUAUCAGGGUUCAUUUUAAAAACACCUAUUAUUUUAAUUUGGAGAAAUGUCUUACAGAAAUAAUUUCAGGAAAUUAUGUUGCAGGUGUUCCAAGUUUAUGAAUAUAUUGGAGAAAAUGCCCAACUAUAAAUGUUUAUAGAAGGUAAAGAUUAUUUUAGUAUGUAGAUAAAUUUAAUAAUUAGGUUAACAAAAAGAAAUUCAUCCUAAGACCUACAAGGGUGUUUAGAUAUCUUAUAUAUACACCACAUAGUAUGUAUUUUGCAUAUUUUGACAUUUUAUUUGUGAAUGCCAUAUGUGAGACAAAUUAGUAGAUACAAUGCCAGUGAUUUCUACUAUGAAUACCAACAUUGUUUCUUCUUACCAAAUGCAACUUGUUACUAGAAUAAUAUAGCUUGUUAUUAAGAAUACAUUUCAACACUACAAACAUUUUCUCCUAUUAUUUUCUACCCUGUGUAAACAGUCCUUACAGCUACCUUUUUAGUUAUAGGAACCAAUAUGGUGUACAUUUCAUUUGUUUGCAUAGCCUGGAAUCUGUUCUAUCUUCACUGGUUAGAAUCUCUUGAUUUCCUUUCGGAGAAAUAUACCCUCACAGUCUAUGAAGCCACAAUAGAACCAUCAUUCAAGAUGCCCUGCCAAGGACUUGGCAUGGUCACUAAGUAUGGCUGAGACAUGUGAAAUUUUACAAUUUUAGUGGAUUUCCAAAGUACAAAAAACAAACUGAGCUUUUAUUCUAUGGUUGUAUCUUGAUGUGAUUAUUAACUAGUUAUUUUUAUAGAGAUAUUCCAGAAUAGCUUUAGUUACUGUCAUUUUCUUAACCUACUUCUCUUGUCUUUUAAUUUGAGCUACUUGUUAUCUUUUUAAUACAUUGUGUGUUUGAUGUGUUUCUAUUGUUUACAGCUUAGUAACUCAGACUGCUUCAGAAAUGGGUAUUAGAGUGGGAGGUGUAGUCAGAAGCUUACAAGGUUAUAUGGAUAUUUGGAAAUGGUUGUUUCCCAAGACAAGAUUGAAACCUUUGAAGUCUCCAUUCAUAUUCCAUGGCAGAAACUAGUCUCAUGAUAAGAACUAGUGAAACUAAUUGUUGUCAUAUCCUCACUGAGGUUCUGUGAAAAUGGAGCAGUCGCUAUUGAAAAAUUUCAAACAUAGUAAGAAUUCUGGAUUGUGUUGAAGUGAGGAAUGCUUCUGAUGGCCCUGGAUAGCAUGGAAAAUAAUGAGCUCAAAAUCUCAAUUAAAGGAAGGGUAUAAAGUCAGUGGACUUUAAGUGAUACUGCUGAAAUAUUUACAUGUAGCUAUAAUAUUAGAGUGGUGAAAAGUCAUUCUCCCAGUUGGUUACUCACAAAGUAUGUUUUCUUCACAACUUCAUCAAAUUUCUCAUGUAAAUGGGCAUUAAUCUUGAAAGAGUAGGACCCUGACAAUUAGAUUUGGGCUUCUUAGAGGAAUACGAGAAUUCAGCACAACAAAUAUUUCUGAAACAAUCUCCACUUUGUACUCUAUUAGAGAACCCUAUAUCUUACCCAAAGAAACUGUUUCUUCCUUGAUUGGGAAAAAUUUGGUAAUUUCUGAAUGCUUUAUUUAUAUUGUGUUCCACUCAUUAUACAGAAUCCAAUCUGAAGAUACCUGGGGUGAAGAAUGGUGAUUCAAAGAAGGGAAGAAAAAGCUUGUAUAAUCAAAGAAUUGCAGAUAUUUGCUAAAGUAUAUUCCCUAAAUCUGGGAAAUAUUGUUAAAGUGUACUUUUUCAUGAAUGUAUUGAGGAAGACCAAAUAAACUCACAAGAGUUUCAGUUUACUACUA